AUCUUUGGGAAGUGGGUCUUCAUCAAGAGUUUCUCGGACCAUGAGAUGUUCAAUGCGAUACUGAGAAAGACCAACAGCUCCUGGAUUGAAUUCUUUCCCACUUCACACAACAAGACAGUCCUUCUCAACCAGGGAAACUUGAUGUAAGUGAUAGUAACUCUCUAUAGCUUUGUCUCCAAUCCCUUGUGUAAUGUAUUGUUAGAUACAGUGGCUAUGUGAAGAGACAUACAGCUCUAAGAAAAGCCUAUUAAAGUGUAUCUACCUAAUGAUCAUCUCAUUUCCUCUGCCAGUGAUGGAAAAUGCCUCAACUCCUCUGUCAACAUUACCUUUUCCAAAAACAGUUUGCAAGUCACAUUUAAGUAAACUAUUGUUGACUGGCUGACCUGCUUCAAUUCAACAUCCUAUGCCAGAUUAUCAAAUAGAAAAGAUGCUGUUAAAUUACUCCUAACCCAGAUUAUCAGAUAGAAAAGAUGCUGUUAAAUUACUCCUAAACCAGAUCAUCAGAUAGAAAAGAUGCUGUUAAAUUACUCUGAGAGUUACUGUGUGUUUUCUUACAUAGAGAAUAUUGUGACUUCCACGGGACACUUCCUGCAAACCUACCCUGACUGUCUACUCAUGCACAGCAGUACUACCAUGGCCGGAGUGCAUAUCCCAUCUCUCUAUAUCUUGGGUAGGUGUGUGCGCACGUGAGCUUUUGAGACCUCCUGUAGCUCAAUUGGUAGAGCAUGGCGCUUGCAAUGCCAGGGUUGUGGGUUCGAUUCCCACGGGGGGCCAGUAUGAAAAAUGUAUGUACUCACUAACUGUAAGUCGCUCUGGAUAAGAGCUUCUGCUAAAUGACUAAAAUGUAAAAUGUAAUGGCCAGAUAAUACCCAAAAAUGUACGCAAAAGCUUUUGAAAAACAUGAACCUUAGUCAAUCAAGUCAUGGAAUCAACAAGUUUAUUUUCCUCUUUCCAGGGAAGACCAGGACACUGCCGGAGUCAGAGUUGAAGCAUUUCCGGAAAGCAGCAGAAUGCCUCCAGUGUCCUCAGCCUGCACAGUAUUCAUUAUUUACCCUAACCCUAACCUACUCAUCAAAAGGGACACCAGGCAACAUUUAGUAUUGAUUUAGAAUCUUGUCAUUUAACAGUCUAGAAUAGAUCUCUAUUGGCUGAGUGCUUGUGUGUUUAGAACCUUGUUCAAGUUCUCACUAACGUCUCCUCUCUUCUCUCUGCAGAGUUUGCACUGAGAUGAAAGAGAGCUUGCACGUUGCUGAGUCUCAAGAUGAAAAGGAUGGUUCACAGUGA